UCACUGAUCCGGUGCUGGUUAGAUAUAUAGCGCACUGAUUGGACGCAGCGGGGGGACCAGACGCGCUUCACAUCCACCGCCGAGCCGGAUCCAGCGCUGAGGAAACACACUCUUGCGCGAAUUAUCUGUACCCUCGCAGCGCUUUCAGGUAGACAUGCACGCGCGCACUCCCGGCUUUGUUGUAUCUCUGUGAGGAAACAGCGGCUGCUUGCGUAACUCCGUAUCUCGGUGUAUCUGGACUGUGGCGGCUGAUAUUCGGAGUAUACACACAUGAGUGCUGGACACAUCGAUCACUCCCGACCGAUCUCAACCGUUUGCUCUUACAUUCAGAGAGGAGACAAAAAUAUCAGUCUGUCAACAUCUGAGUGACUCUCGCGCUCUCCGGACUAUGUCGUUUGGACGGGAGCUGCUGUUUGAAGCGAGUUGAGGAGGACUUGUUUCGCAAGAAACAUCUCUCUGUGUUUUCUUUCCCUGAAGAAGUUGAACGUCGUUUAGUGAAGUUUUCUCAAUGGGAUGCUGAAACACAUCAACAGCAGGUAGACAACAGUAAGCUCACAGUCGGGUGGAGCCUGUGACGAGCGAGCUCUCCAAUUGGUUGCCGCGUUGCGUUUCACUGCGUCAUGCGGACAGGAUGGAUGUGAAAGAACGCAGGCCCUACUGCUCACUGACCAAGAGCAGGAGAGAGAAAGAGCGCCACUACACAGGCUCAUCCCGCAACAGCGAGGACUGCCGCGUGCCCACACAGAAGACCUACAGCUCCAGCGAGACGCUCAAGGCCUUCGACCACGACUCCUCACGCCUGCUGUACGGAGGCCAUGUCAAAGAGAUGGUCCACCGAGAGGCAGACGAGUACAGCCGCCAAGGGCAGAACUUUAACCUGAGGCAGCUGGGAAUAUGUGAGCCAGCCACACGCCGUGGCCUGGCUUUCUGCGCAGAGAUGGGCCUCCCCCACCGCGGCUUCUCCAUUGGCGCAGGCUCAGACGUGGACACUGAGAACGAGGGGGUGAUGUCACCGGAACGUGCCAUGCGCCUCUGGGGCAGGGGUGUGAAGUCUGGCCGCAACUCCUGCUUGUCCAGCCGCUCAAACUCAGUCCUGACCUUGACCGACACAGAGCACGAGAACAAAUCAGACAGUGAGAACGGUUCUCCCAUGCCAUCCUCUCUCAACCGUCCAUCAGUCACUGAGCAUUCCCAUUCUCAACCACCCUCACCCAAUCUCCAUGACAACCAGAGUUCCGUCUUAAGUAAUGCCACCACACAGGCGGUGCAGGACUCUGAUUCGGAAGAAGAGUACACGUCCGUUCUCUAUAGACCCGUAACACAGCCUGCCCUCAGCCGCAGCUGUGAUGAGCAACCAUCCAAUCAGCACCAGCAGGGCCAGUCCACACUGCCACCGGUGCCGCCCCCGCACAAGCAGCAGCCGUCGGUGACGGCGCUGAACCACAACUCUCUGAGCAGCCGCAGGAACGUGAGCCCGGCCCCUCCGGCCGCCCUCCCCGCCGAGCUGCAAACCACACCCGAGUCAGUGCCGCUGCAGGACAGCUGGGUCCUGGGCAGCAAUGUGCCGCUGGAGAGUAGGCACUUUCUCUUUAAGACAGGCACUGGCACCACUCCUCUGUUCAGCACGGCCACGCCAGGCUACACCAUGGCCACGGGGGCAGUCUACUCGCCCCCCACACGGCCCCUGCCCCGCAACACACUGUCCCGCAGCGCUUUCAAGUUCAAGAAGUCCUCUAAGUACUGCUCAUGGAGGUGCACGGCCCUCAGCGCCAUGGCUGUCUCCAUACUGCUCUCUGUACUGCUCUGUUACUGCAUUGCCAUGCAUCUCUUUGGAUUGAAUUGGCAGCUUCAAGAGACUGAGGGCUAUGCUUUUGAGAACGGCCAGGUCAAAUCUGACACCACGGCAGCCAACACAGUUACUGCCCUGUCUACUGAGAACAGUAAGGGUCAAACGCUCACGUACCCACUCACGCACUUGCCGCCCACACACACUCAGUAUGACUUUGUGGAGCUGUUGGAUGGCAGCCGUCUGAUAGCUAAAGAGAAGCGUGGACUGGUGGAGGUGGAAGGAGCAGCCAGAAGGGCCCGUUCAGUUAACAUUCAUGAGGCAGAGUUCAUCCGCUACCUGGACUCAGGCACCUGGCACCUGGCCUUUUACAAUGAUGGCAAAAACCCUGAGCAGGUCUCCUACAACACUAUCAUCAUAGAUACCCUCACAGAGUGUCCGCACAAUUGCCAUGGUAACGGAGACUGUCGCUCGGGAACAUGCCAUUGUUUCCCAGGGUUCCUAGGGCCUGAUUGCUCACGAGCCGCUUGUCCAGUGCUGUGCAGUGGCAAUGGGCAGUACUCCAGGGGGCGCUGUCUUUGUUACAGUGGCUGGAAAGGGACAGAGUGUGACGUUCCUAGCAACCAGUGCAUCGAUAUUCACUGCAGCGGACACGGAAUCUGCAUUAUGGGCACCUGCACCUGCAACACAGGCUACAAAGGAGACAACUGUGAAGAAGUGGACUGCCUGGACCCCUCCUGUUCAUCUCACGGAGUGUGCAUUCAUGGAGAGUGCCACUGCAAUCCAGGAUGGGGCGGCAACAACUGUGAGAUCCUGAAGACCAUGUGUCCAGACCAGUGCUCGGGACAUGGAACCUACCAGACGGAGAGCGGCACCUGCACCUGUGACACCAACUGGACUGGACCGGAUUGCUCCAUCGAGGUGUGUGCAGUGGACUGUGGCUCUCACGGUAUGUGUAUUGGAGGAAACUGUCGUUGUGAAGAGGGCUGGACUGGUUCAGUAUGCGAUCUGAAAGCUUGUCACCCACGAUGCACUGAACACGGUACCUGCAAGGACGGCAAAUGUGAAUGUCACCAGGGCUGGACCGGAGAACAUUGCACCGUUGCUCACCCGGAGACGUAUGUCCAAGGAGAGAGGAUAGGAUUUAAAGAGGGAUGCCCAGGUCUGUGCAACAGUAAUGGACGCUGCACGCUGGAUCAGAACGGCUGGCAUUGUGUCUGCCAACAAGGUUGGAGAGGGGCCGGCUGUGACGUUGCCAUGGAGACUCUCUGCACAGACGGCAAGGACAAUGAAGGAGAUGGCCUGGUGGACUGUAUGGAUCCGGACUGUUGCCUGCAGAGCUCGUGUCAGACUCAGCCCUUCUGCCGCGGCUCUCCUGACCCCAUCGACAUCAUCGGCCAGAACCAACCCACAAGCCCACAGCAAGCCGCCCAGUCAUUCUAUCAGCAAAUCAGCUUCCUCAUUGGCCCAGAGAGCACACAUGUCAUUAACGGAGACAACCCCUUUAACAGAAGCCUGGUGUCGAUUGUCAGAGGGCAGGUGCUCACUGCAGAUGGUACACCCCUGAUUGGAGUCAACGUGUCCUUUGUACACUACCCAGACCAAGGAUUCACCAUCACACGACAGGAUGGCAUGUUUGACAUUCUGGCUAACGGCGGAGCAUCACUGACGCUGAGCUUCGAGCGGGCACCGUUUCUGACGCAGUUCCGUACAGUAUGGAUCCCGUGGAACGUCUUCUACGUAAUGGACACACUGGUUAUGAAGAAAGAGGAAAACGAUAUCCCCAGCUGUGACCUGAGUGGCUUCAUUCGACCCAGCCCUCUCAUUGUGGCCACACCACUCUCUACCUUCUUCCGAUCCUCGCCCGAAAACGGCCCCAUCAUUCCAGAGACACAGGUUCUUCAGGAGGAGACGGCGAUUCCGGGUAGUGACCUGAACCUGAUGUAUCUGAGUUCACGGGCGGCUGGAUACCGGCCAGUGCUCAAGGUGACCAUGACCCAAGCCACUAUCCCCUUUAACCUCAUGAAGGUGCAUCUGAUGGUGGCAGUGGUGGGACGUCUCUUUCAGAAGUGGUUCCCCGCAGAACCCAAUCUGUCCUACACCUUCAUCUGGGAUAAAACGGAUGCAUACAAUCAAAGAGUUUAUGGCCUGUCAGAGGCUGUGGUGUCUGUGGGAUUUGAGUAUGAGUCCUGUUUGGAUCUGAUCUUGUGGGAGAAAAGAACAGCCAUCCUCCAAGGUUACGAACUCGAUGCCUCAAACAUGGGAGGAUGGAACCUAGACAAACACCACAUUUUAGAUGUACAGAAUGGCAUCCUUUACAAAGGCAAUGGUGAGAACAUCUUCAUCUCCCAGCAGCCUCCAGUGAUCAGUACCAUCAUGGGUAAUGGGCGCCGGCGCAGUAUCUCCUGCCCCAGCUGUAAUGGCCAGGCUGAUGGCAACAAACUGCUGGCUCCAGUGGCCCUCGCCUGUGGAUCUGAUGGCAGUUUGUUUGUCGGUGACUUCAAUUACAUCAGACGCAUCUUUCCCUCGGGAAACGUUACCAGUGUUAUGGAGCUGAGAAAUAAAGAUUUCAGACAUAGCAACAAUCCUGCACAUAGAUACUACCUAGCAACAGACCCGAUGACAGGUCAGCUGUAUGUUUCGGACACCAACUCACGACGGAUCUUUAGGCCAAAAGCCCUGACAGGAGCCAAAGAGCUGCUGCAGAACGCAGAGGUUGUGGCAGGGACCGGAGAGCAGUGUCUGCCAUUUGACGAGGCACGAUGUGGAGAUGGAGGCAAGGGCACUGAGGCACUACUGCUGGGACCCAAAGGCAUAGCUGUGGAUAAGAACGGGUUCAUCUACUUUGUGGAUGGUACCAUGAUCAGGAAAGUAGACCGGAAUGGCAUCAUCUCAACACUGCUGGGAUCUAAUGACCUCACAUCUGCUCGGCCUCUGACCUGUGAUACCAGCAUGCAUAUUGGACAGGUGCGUUUAGAGUGGCCUACAGACCUGGCCAUCAACCCUAUGGACAACUCCAUCUAUGUGCUUGACAACAACGUUGUACUACAGAUAACCGAGAACAGGCAGGUGCGCAUUGUGGCAGGCAGACCUAUGCAUUGCCAGGUGCCAGGCAUCGAGUAUACCAUGGGAAAGCGUGCCAUCCAGACCACUCUAGAAGGAGCAACAGCCAUCGCUCUCUCCUACAGCGGUGUACUCUAUAUUGCUGAGACAGAUGAAAAGAAGAUUAACCGCAUCAGACAAGUCAGCACGGAUGGCGAGAUUUCUCACUUGGCAGGAGCACCCUCAGACUGCGACUGCAAGAAUGAUGCUAACUGUGACUGUUACCAGACAGGCGAUGGGUACGCCAAAGACGCAAGGCUAAAUGCUCCUUCCUCUCUGGUGGUCUCUCCUGAUGGAACGCUCUACGUAGCUGACCUGGGAAACAUUCGAAUCCGUGCCAUACGUCACAAUCGACCUCCCCAAGGCUCUUUGGGUCUUUAUGAAGUUGCAUCACCUGCUUCUCAAGAACUCUAUGUGUUUGACUCCAAUGGAACGCAUCAGUAUACUAUGAGCUUGGUCACUGGUGAUUACAAGUACAACUUCAGCUAUAGCAAUGAUGAUGAUAUCACUGCUGUAACAGAUAGCAGUGGAAAUACGCUCCGGGUUCGUCGUGACCCCAAUCGAAUGCCAGUGCGUAUUGUUGCCCCUGACAACCAGGUUAUUUGGCUGACAAUUGGUACAAAUGGAGGGCUAAAGACCCUCACAGCACAGGGGCAGGAACUGGUGCUCUUCACCUACCAUGGUAACAGCGGCCUGCUAGCCACCAAGAGCAUCCAAAUUGGCUGGACCACAUUUUAUGACUAUGACAGCGAGGGACGUCUGACAAAUGUGACAUUCCCCACUGGGGUUAUCACCAGUCUAAUUGGGGAGAUGGACAGAGCCCUAACGGUGGACAUUGAGACCUCAGGACGAGAUGACGAUGUCAGCAUCACCACAAACCUCUCCUCCAUUGAUUCUUUUUACACAUUAGUUCAAGAUCAACUAAGAAACAGCUACCAGGUGGGCUAUGAUAACUCUAUGAGGGUCAUCUAUGCCAAUGGAAUGAACUCUCACUUCCAGACUGAGCCUCAUAUUCUUGCGGGUGCAUCCAACCCGACAAUGGCCAGAAGAAACAUGACCCUGCCUGGAGAGAAUGGACAGAACUUGGUGGAGUGGCGCUUCAGAAAAGAACAGAAUAGGGGGAAAGUCGUAGUAUUUGGCAGGAAACUCAGGGUCAACGGUAGAAACCUGCUGUCUGUGGAUUAUGACCGCUCACUGCGCACAGAGAAAAUAUAUGACGAUCAUCGAAAGUUCCUUCUGAAGAUUAUGUAUGAUGCCUCUGGUCAUCCUACACUGUGGGUGCCCAGCAGUAAGCUGAUGUCUGUCAAUCUCACCUAUUCUGGCACUGGUCAGGUCACAAGCAUUCAGAGAGGCCCCACAGUCGAGAGGGUAGAAUAUGACAGCCAGGGACGCAUAGUCUCCAGAACCUUUGCCGACGGCAAAACCUGGAGUUACACCUAUUUGGACAAGUCUAUGGUGCUGCUUUUACACAGCCAGCGGCAGUACAUCUUUGAUUAUGAUCUGCAGGAUCGACUCUCCGCCAUCACUAUGCCAAGUGUUGCCCGUCACACCAUGCAAACUAUCCGCUCUGUUGGCUACUACCGCAACAUCUACAAUCCACCUGAAAGUAAUGCUUCAGUUACCGUGGACUACAGUGAGGAUGGCCAGCUCUUGCGGGUGGCACACUUGGGCACUGGCCGGCGUGUCCUUUAUAAGUAUCGGAGACAGAACAAGCUGUCCGAGAUCCUAUAUGACAGCACACGGGUCAGCUUCACCUAUGAUGAGACAGCAGGUGUGCUAAAAACUGUCAACCUACAGAGUGAGGGUUUCAUUUGUUCUAUCAGAUAUCGACAGAUAGGUCCACUGGUGGACCGGCAGAUAUUCCGUUUCAGUGAGGACGGCAUGGUCAAUGCCCGCUUUGACUACACCUAUGACAAUAGCUUCCGAGUCACCAGCAUGCAAGGAGUCAUCAACGAGACCCCCCUUCCCAUAGAUCUUUAUCAGUUUGAUGACAUUUCUGGCAAGGUUGAGCAGUUUGGGAAAUUCGGCGUCAUCUAUUACGACAUUAACCAGAUCAUAUCAACAGCUGUCAUGACCUAUACAAAGCACUUUGACGUCCAUGGCCGCAUCAAGGAGAUCCAGUACGAGAUCUUCCGCUCCCUCAUGUACUGGAUUACUAUCCAGUAUGACAACAUGGGCCGUGUCACCAAAAGAGAAAUAAAAAUCGGCCCUUUUGCCAACACUACCAAAUAUGGCUAUGAAUAUGAUGUGGAUGGGCAGCUGCAGACAGUCUACCUGAAUGAGAAAAUGAUGUGGCGGUAUAAUUACGACCUGAACGGCAAUCUACACCUGCUGAACCCUGGCAACAGUGCACGACUCACUCCCCUCCGCUACGACUUACGGGACCGCAUCACACGCCUGGGCGACGUGCAAUAUCGUAUGGAUGAAGAUGGCUUUCUGCGCCAAAGGGGUGUGGAGAUCUUUGAGUACAACUCAAAGGGCCUCUUGGUUCGAGUGCAUAGUAAAGCCAGUGGAUGGACCAUCCAGUACCGCUAUGAUGGGCUAGGAAGACGCCUGGCUUCUCGCAACACUCUGGGCCAGCACCUUCAGUUCUUCUAUGCGGACCUCAACUACCCAACUCGCAUCACCCAUGUCUACAACCACUCCAGCUCUGAAAUCACCUCUCUCUACUAUGACCUACAAGGCCAUCUGUUUGCCAUGGAAAUUAGCAGUGGUGAGGAGUUUUACAUUGCUUGUGACAACACAGGAACACCACUCGCAGUCUUCAGCAGCAAUGGGCUUCUCCUCAAGCAGGUGCAAUAUACUGCUUAUGGAGAGAUCUAUUUUGACUCUAACCCUGACUUUCAAUUGGUUAUUGGAUUCCAUGGUGGCCUAUAUGACCCUUUAACAAGAUUGCUGCACUUUGGAGAGCGGGACUAUGACAUUCAAGCUGGCCGUUGGACCACCCCGGAUAUAAGCACCUGGACCAGGGUGGGAAAGGACCCAGCUCCCUUCAACUUGUAUAUGUUCCGCAAUAAUAAUCCCAUCAGCAAGGUGCAUGAGGUCAAGGAGUAUGUCACAGAUGUCAACAUCUGGCUGGUGACAUUUGGCUUUCACCUGCAUAAUGUCAUCCCAGGAUAUCCUAUCCCUAAAUUUGACCUUACCCAACCCUCACUAGAAAUGAGGAAGAGUCAACUAUGGGACGACCUACCGUCCAUCUCAGGGGUCCAGCAGGAGGUUAUGAGGCAGGCCAAGGCUUUCCUAUCUUUUGAGAGGAUGCCAGAGAUCCAGUUAAGCAGACGAUGUUCAAGCCGUGAAAAACCUUGGCUGUGGUUUGCCACAGUCAAAUCCCUCAUUGGUAAAGGUGUGAUGCUUGCCAUUACCAGCAAAGGCCAGGUGGCUACCAAUGCACUGAACAUAGCAAAUGAGGACUGCAUUAAAGUGGCCACUGUCCUCAAUAAUGCCUUCUAUUUAGAGGAUCUGCACUUCACAGUGGAAGGCCGCGAUACGCACUACUUCAUAAAGACCAGCUUACCUGAGAGUGACCUGGGUGCCUUGCGACUCACCAGCGGUCGCAAGAGUCUAGAAAAUGGUGUCAACGUAACAGUGUCACAGUCCACCACUGUGGUCAAUGGACGGACACGUCGCUUCGCAGAUGUGGAGCUGCAGUAUGGCGCAUUGGCUCUACAUGUGCGCUAUGGCAUGACACUGGAUGAGGAGAAGGCACGUGUCCUAGAGCAGGCCCGCCAGAGGGCACUGUCAAGUGCAUGGGCACGGGAGCAGCAACGUGUACGUGACGGAGAGGAGGGAGUGCGUCUUUGGACAGAGGGGGAGAAGAGGCAGUUGCUCAGCUCUGGGAAGGUGCUGGGUUAUGACGGCUACUAUGUACUAUCAGUGGAGCAGUACCCUGAACUGGCCGACAGUGCCAACAAUGUCCAGUUCCUAAGGCAGAGCGAGAUUGGAAAGAGGUAACAGUCUGCACAGCACAGACUGUUCAUCAGACUAAUGCCCCUCUGUUCCACAAGCUCCUCUCUCCCAUGUACACACUCCCAGAGACUAAAGGGAAAGGGUUUUUGUUUGAGAAGUGAAGAGUUGUGCCUAAGUGCCACACACAAUGCAGUUAUACAAAAAAUACCUGAGGCACUUCCUCUCAUUGACUGAACACACCCCCAUUCUACAUAUUUGUUCACAUUAUUGCAAUGAAUGGAUAAUGGACUCUCUAAAAGAGCUACUCAAGAAAAAACUCAAUAAUUAUUGUUUUUUUGUCUUUUUUAUAUAUAUAAAACGUUAAAGGUAUCUUGGUCAGUGAUAAAAUGGAGAGAAAAAUGGCAAAUGCGUUUACAUGCAAAGAGAACUUUAUCCAGAUGAACUAAUAUAAUGCCUUUUUUGCAAAGCAGUGACUGUAAUUCAGUGGUUUGUACUGUCCUUAUUCUCAGCAACAUGUUUUGUCAACUAGUGAGGACUGGGGUUUCAAGACUGAGCUAGUUGAUGAUUUCUCUUUUGCUUGGGUUUCUUAAGGGACACAGUUGUGGUUCAUAUAAUCAAAACUGAGUGUACUCAUUCCUGGUCACUCUCUCAUUCCUGAACCAAACCAGGUGGUGAAUAGUGUGGAAACUGGCAGAUAAAAUAUAUAAAUAUAUAUCUCAUAACUGACCAGUACUUUGACAAGAGAUGUUAGAAUACCUUUAUGGAUUUUUUUUUUAAGUAAAAAAACGCCACUUAUCCGUACAACAACAUUAGUCGCAGAGAAAAGUAAUUUAUGUACAGUGUUUAUACAUAAAAAUAAAAUCUUACAAAUAUUGAGA